GAGGAGUCAAAAGAAGAGAAGUCACCUUGCUGAAGACAGUAGCGUACCAACUAAUACAAGAAAACCGUGAAAUUUACGUGUUGGAAGAGACUGCGAAAUUAUGAAUUCUUCGAAAAGGAGUGAAAGUGACUGGCAAGGCCUGGUGAGCGAGUUCCUGGUGUGUAAGCGUAAACUAGACAGCAAGAAGGAGGCCCUCCUGAUCCUGUCCAAAGAGCUGGACACCUGUCAACAGGAGAGAGACCAGUAUAAGCUGAUGGCCAACCAGCUGCGAGAACACCACCAAGGACUCAAGAAAAAGUACAGGGAGCUCAUUGAUGGAGAUCCUUCUUUACCACCUGAAAAACGCAACCAGGUGAACUUGGCUCAGCUGCUGAGAAACGCAAGGGAGCGAGGGAAACAGCUAGUCGAGGAGGUGAAGGAGCUGAAUCAGAGACUGGCAGAGGCCCAGGGGGAUAACAAGCUGCUGAGGAUGACAAUCACUAGACAGAGGCUGGGGGAUGAGGAGGUGGGGGCACGCCACUUUCCCGCCCAUGAGAGAGAAGACCUGGUCCACCAACUGGAGAAGGCAGGGCUACAGAUGGAGGAGCUGGAGAACAGUGUUAAGGCACUGACUGAUGAGCUGGAGGACGUUAAGGCAGAGCGUGGCGUGUUCAGCGAGAAGGCUGAGCGCCUCAACCUGGAGCUCAACCAUAUCCUGGGUGGCCACGAGACCCGGAUCAUCGACGUGGAUGCCCUCUGUAUGGAGAACAGGUAUUUACAUGAGCGGUUCAACCAAGUCCAAGAGGAGGUGAACUUGCUGAAGUCUAACAUCAUGAAAUACAAGACUGCGUUGGAGAGGAGGAAGAGCUUUAAAUUGUCUGGGAAGUCCAACAGCAGUGCUCUAACAGGAGUCCUCUCUGCCAGACAAGUGCAGGAGUUGUUGUCUGAGGAGCAGGGCUGCAGUCUCCCGGCCACGCCCCAGUCCAUCUCUGACCUAAAGUCCCUAGCCACGGCCCUGCUGGAGACCAUCCAUGAGAAGAACCUGGUCAUUCAGCACCAGAGACACACCAACCGGAUUCUGGGGAAUAGAGUUGCUGAGCUGGAGAGGAAGUUGAAGACAUUAGAGGUGUCCGGCUUGUGGAGUCUUCCAGGGGGACGAGACAACAUUAUGCUGAGCGAGAGCCAGCGACCCGAGCUCCUAUCACCCAGCAUCACGCCGUGCCCACCUCAGCCCCACACGCACGCAGCAACGCAGCCACCUAAAGACGACAGAAUGGGAGCAUCGUCGUGGGAACGGGCCACAGCUGGCGGUGACUUUGGCGCAGAUGGCGUCGGCGGGGAGGGCGCACCCGAGCCCAGUGACGGGGCGGAGGCUAACUGCAUCUGCCUGAGUGACAGGCGGGGAGUGGAGAUUGUGACGCUUUCGGAGGAGCAGGCUGCCGCGGAGCUGGAAGAGGGGCAGAGUCCUGUGGAGGAGGAGGGGCAUGAGGUGAAAGUGGACGAGGAGCUGGGCUCUACAGUUGAGGAGGGAGAGGAGGCGGCCCUGGCGCUUGACGCCCCACCCUUAGAGGCGGAGUCAGACUUGGGUAACCUCCCACAGCUGCCUGUAAGGCAAGCUACCAUAGAUGACACCCUUGAGGCGGGUCAUUUGAUCUGCCAUGAUCAAGCAGUGGAGCCUACAGGACUCCCUAACACAGAAGGUGCCUCUAAGCCAGCUUCCAUAUUCAAGACCCCAGACUGGGGUGGCACAGAUGGGUGGGACCUGCACUGUCAAUCAGGACAGAGUGACAGUUGCCAUAGCGACAAUCAUUGAAAAGUGAAGUUUGUCUUGGCUGCAUUACUAAUCACUAGCAACAUUUCCACAAUGUAGACCAACCCCCCCCUUUUGUGCUCCCAGCCAUUCUUUGCAUGAGUCUAUAGAAUGGAUAGAGAGAACACUUUCUCAGCCUCCCAUUGACAGUCAGUGCCUGAAGUGUACUUUGCAUCUAGAUAGUGUUGUUGCUCUGAAAAGAGUAGACAAUCUUGAAAUCAAUCCACUUGCAAGUCUAAUGUCCUACAGGAGUAAUUUAGCAAAGAAAAUAGCAAAGAUGGCAAAGUCCCCCCGCAAACUGCCUCUAUGGUAGGAUAAUCCCAGCUGUUUGCUUCCUGUUUAUUCCUAAGGGUUGCUAGUUAAAUGAGAGCUGUUUUAUUUUUUUUCUGUUGCCCACAUACAGGAGCCAUUGUGGGUUAAUGUGAUGAAUGUAUUAGAUUUGCAUGGAAAUCUGUGAAGAACAUUGUUUGAGAGUUUAAUGUAUUUGUAUUAUUGUAGCUUUAUGUAUAUAGAUUAUAGUUACAGUCACUAAUCAAUUAUGGAGCCGUUUUCUUAUUCUGUUUCUAAUGGAAAAGUAGAUGUUGGCUUGUGACUGCAUGUGCCUUAUACACUGGAAUAUUUCAUUUUACAUUUUCAAAUCCUUUUGAAUGAGCUUGACUGACUUUUUGAAUGUCAUAUCUUGCAGUGUCACAUGUCUAACUUGUUGCAUAGGAGCACAGACGUAUAAUCAAUAUGGGCCUUAGUGCUGCCUGAGGAAUGUCAAUGUCCUUGUUUUCACAACCAACUGAUUGUCAUGGUUGUCUACUCUUAUAAAGCUUUGUUUACCAGCUGCAUAACCACACACACACACACACACACACACACACACACAGUCUUACUACACUUUUGUAAAUAAACACAUUGACUCAUUUUGUCACACAAAGUUUCAUGUACUUGCCCCAAAAUUCUGACACACACACACACACACACACACACACUUACAGGCAAAGUCCAGGCCCUGCUAAGGUAUUCAGAUUCAGUUUUUCCCACAUUCAGGUGGCAGCUGGCCUCUCCAAGCAAACGGCAUCAAAGCCAGAAUCCAUGAAGUGCUUAUUCUGCAGAAGGCUGCUUGCUAUUUUUACUCUUUGACACAAAAUAGGAGGAAGGAAAAAAAUAUAGAAUCCCGGGAAGCCGUGGUGUGUUCGCAGUACGCACACACUCACACAGACAGAGUAGGCUCGCUGCCAGCCAGCUUAUUUGGCAUAUUGGCGAGGCGUUUCGAGGAAUCUGAUGACUUUAUAAAGCAGAUGGGAUUUGCUGCUAAUGAAAUUGUGAAACGACGUGGUGCCUUGGGCUUUAGCGAAAUGCCUAACCUGCGUGCCAAUUCACCACGAUAAGGGGGUUCCUCAUCCUCCGGUAUCUUGCCUAAUUUGACUUUAAUGUCUGUGUGAAAUUUAACUACUCAAAGGGGUAAACAGUAGAACUACAAAUGUGUUAUUUUCUGAGCAGUGGCGUGGAGCUGGUAGUUGUCGUUUUGUAGAAGUGAGACUGUAACCUAGGUUACAAUGCGUGACCUGCCCUGUACUAGUCAACCAAAACUGACUGCCGCUCAGAGAGCCCUGGGCAUUGAAGAAGUGAGCAAUUUCAGCUGCUCUCGCUGGGUUGCUCAAGUUGUGACAUGGAUUGAAGUUGACAAUUCCC